AUGGCUGCUUUGAUAAAACUUCGUCAUAUGCCUGUCGUCCAAAGAUGUGUUUGGAAUCAUUAUAACAAAUUAAAUCGGUGCAUCUCGACAUCAAAAAAGAACAGCGAAACUGCUACAACUGCAUGUGAAAAAGCUGAAGACAAAAAUUGGGUUAGCUAUGGUUUUGAUUACAAGAGCAAAGAAGAGGAUACUAACGUCCACAACGCAUCAUUCUUCUUCUCAGUAACAUUAUGUCUAGUACUUGGUGGAUUUGCAUGGGCUUAUAGUCCCGAUAUCCAUUUGAGAGAUUGGGCUCAACGUGAGGCCUAUCUAGAGCUACGUCGCCGUGAAAAAGCUGGGUUGCCUCCUAUCAGUCCUAAUUACAUUGAACCUAAAACCGUGAAACUGCCUUCAGAGGAAGAACUAUGUGAUGUUGAAAUUAUCAUCUAA